GAGGAAAUGGUAUGAAGAUAAGAGAAGGCAAACGAAACCGACAACCGACAGGAGAAGAGAAUGGAUGUCAAUUAUACCGGACAGGGACUGGACAGGGUUAGAUGGGCCACACGGGUUGGUAUGCUCGAAACGGAGUGGAGCUGGUGACCCUCCGUUGAGGUUUGUUUGAACGAAGCCACCGAAUGCCAUCCGAUCACACAACUUCCGGAGUGAACGGACCAGGAGCUCCACUAGGGGAGGAGGGGGGAGGGGAGCAAGUCAGAAGAGGGCAUUGGGGAUUGCAGGAAAAGCAAUGCUGCAUGACACGUGCGCCACCAGGGGAAGACCUAGGACGAAGUGAGUUUAGAGACCGAAGUUGUCUUCUUUUUUUUGCUUUUCUUUUUUUUGUUCCUCCUCUGUAUCCUGCUUGGUUGGCGCUAGUGAUCUGUACCUCGGCCUUAGUGGCAGUCACUGUACCUUAGCCAGGUACUACUGCUGAGGAACUUGAACCUG